AUGAUUAUGCCUACAUACCUCACUUUCCUCGCUCUCAUCCUCGCCUUGCGUUUCGCACGCACUUACGCUCAACUCCUGAUCCCUUCCCUUGACCUCCCCUCCUUCGAUCCGAACAUCGGAAUAGACAUUGACUCCCUUCUCUCCUCCAUCACCGCUGAGGUCGCUGGGAUCGAGACCGAAGUCUCCGAAGUUGUUGCGUCAGCUACGUCGUUGGCUUCGUACUGUCAGGCUCGUUCUGCCUCAGCGACGGCUUCUGGAGGGAAGUAUUCUGCUACUGGGGUUUGUUCCGGGGUAUACGUCUCGAACGAGAAUGGGAGUAUCGUGGAGAUUAACGAAAGCAAUGGGCAAGGUGCUGGUCAAGGCGAUGAUUCGGGCUACAACGCACAAAACGUGGUAGUGGCAGCGGCAGACGGUGGGACGAGAGUCGUGGAGGCUGUGUUGGCCGGCGUGACAUUCAUAACUACAUUGACGGGUACACAGACGGUUACCGUCGUGCAACAGGUUACGGGGAGUUUGGUAGAAGUGGUCGUUGCGGAGGGGACGAACACGAGGACAAGUACAGCGACCGCGAGGACCACGGGUGGAGGGAGCGUGAAUAUUUCUUGA